AUGGCCUCGCCGGGGAAGAGGCAGCGGCGGAGGAAGAGGCGGGAGGCUGGGCGGGCCUUGGAGGUAGAUGCUCAGGAAAAGGAGGAUUCUGUUAAAAGCCCAGACAGUGUGGAAAGACUGGCACGAAAAUACAUGCAGAAGUGCACAGUGGAGUCAAGCACAGAGUCUGAGUCUGAAUCCAGGGCAGAGGUUGUGCCUAGCCCACUUGCUGGAGGACCCAAGAAAGCAAAGGAAUCCAGGGGACUACAAUUUUUAGAUCCUUAUGAUGGUGAUUCAGAAGAUGCAGCUGUUCACACUGACUGCGGUAUAAAAGAUGCACCAUGGAUAAACAGUGCCUCAGAAGCAGUGCCUUUGGAGGAUGCUGAUACUUCAGAAGAUGAAGAAUCCUCCCCUAAUCCUCCACAUGUCAGAGAAAUUCAGGCAGUCAAUGACUGUAAGGCAGCCCUGGAGCUUCCUGGCCUGGAGAAGGAUCUGUGGCAGUCACCGGAGCCGCCUCCCAGCACACAAGCAUUUACCCCCACGGGGCUGACACCUGACCACGCCUUACCGAGGGUUGUUAACCCUUCAGUCUCCGCGGAUCUCCCUGCAGUCCCGGCUGACCCUGCUCCACAGCCCCUGCUAGCAGCUCACUGUGAUGGCACAAUGGCCGAGCAGCCCAUAAUUAAAAGAAAACAAGGGAUUCCUGCUCCAGAGGGUGCUAGUGAAAAACUAAAGAGAAAGAAACUCCGUGCAACAUAAUCUAAGGGAUGAAUAAAUAACUGGACAGACUGUUCUGAAGGAUCAUUCCGGUAGAGAUUUCUUUUGCAGUGUGUACCUGAACUAACCAGGCUGCCUCAAGCCUGUUACAAAUGCACUGCACUGUACAGUAAGCUCUGAGAUCCACCCAAAAAACCGAAUAAAAAAAGUUGUGUAGCCAUUCCAGUGGAAAUUAGUAAAGGUAUAUCUAGAGCAUGACAGGCUCGGUGCCCAGGUCCUCUGGAAGCAGCAGCCCCAGCUCCUGUGUGCAGUACCUGGAGGCAGCUGCUCAGUUUCAGUGUAAUUUCACCAACACUGACAAGGGUUUGUCGGAGGGAAAGAAUGACCCCUUGGCUGCCAUUAUCUUCCAACAGCUAUGGCUCGUCUGGCACCUGCUUCAUCUCAUGUUUGGCUCCUGCUGUGUCUGACCUCCCUCCAAGAGGUGAACUGUACAGGUUUGACUACCAACAGCUGAACUGACUGCAACUACUGGCAAUCCAGAACUUAUUUUCUCCCUCAAAUGGGGAGAAAUGGUCUAGUUGCUGUUAACACAGCUGCUCCUUCCUUGUUUGACCAAUGUUUUGGGCAGUUUCUGUGUAGCUGCCAGAAUAGUGUUUACAGUGUGAUGUGGAAUGCAUUAGCUCAGAACUGUUUGGUGAAAGAAACCAUUCAGGAGCUGCAGGAAUGGUGCCCACAGAUAGGAGGCCAGUUAGGGAGCAAAAACUGUCUCUCUGAUCUCCCUUUCCUGUAUGGUAAUUUCUUUAAUCGGGUUUAGAAUCUGGGUAGUCCAUUUGUGUGGGAGGGGAACUACGGACUAUGAAAGUAUAAUGCUGGCUUGAAGGAUGUUAGUACCAGCAACUUGUGGAAGCAUUUGUUUUGUACAACUGGCAGAGAUUUUUUUUUUUUUUAGUUUCCAAUUUCUUUCAUAGGAUGGAAAGCCACUAAAAACAUUUAUUUAACUGCUAACAUUGUACCCUUCCACCCGUGUAUUUAUUUUAUUAAAGCAACUUUUCUUUCAUCCUUAUUCCCCCAGCUGGAAAUGGUUUUUAAUUAGCUUGGAACAUAUGUGGUUAAACAGUGAGUUUCAGAGGCCUUUGCCCCAAGACAGAAGCUGCUGUGGUUGCUCCAUGGCUUGUCCAGAGGCAAAGAUUGCUGCAGUGAAAACUGUGAAGUUAACUGAAAAAACCCCAAACAAACCAACUACCAACCACUUGCAGCUAUAGAUCUGUGUGUAUGGCAACUAGGCUAUAGCUCUCUCUGGAAUGAAGAUGUGUGAAAAGCUUAAGAAUACAACAUUGUGAGGCAGCCAACCCCCUCAUUUUAAGUCCUAGCUAUUAGACACUCUAGCUCUCAGCCCCAUCAGCUGAGGCUAAAUAAAACUGAAACCCCUGACUUUCAAAUUGCAGACAAAAUCCCUAAACUCACCUAAAGAGGAUUUCACUUAAAGCAGCUGUUUCACACAGCAUGGAGAAAACACAACAGGAGAGGAAGGAAGGAAGUGGAAAGGUAAGCCACAUAGGACAGUAUCUACUCGUUGGAAUACAUUUAUUCAGUAUGAGAAUCCAGACGUGGAUUAACUUGUGACCUGAAAUUGUACCUUUUGUUAAUUCAGGCCUAAUGCAGAAGUUAACAUAAAAGAGCUGAAGAGUUUGGGAAGCUCAAGCUCUAGGAUAGUUGAGACUCUUGAUCUCCCCAUCAGUGCUUGCCAAUAGGUAGAACUGGUUUAGACAGAGUUUUAAUAGUAGCUGUAGGCGGUACCACAGCCCAAGUCUCUGAGCUGGGCACAAACAGCAGCUGCUGAAAGGAAGGUGCAUGUUCAGUGGAACUGCCAACAGCCAGCUCUUGAUUUGAGCUAACUUCAUACUGCAGCUGGUACCCAGAGCAUGCUGCUAGCAGGAGGUGCUUUUUUCUGAACAAUAUAAUUGAAACUAUGCUGGAGGCAGUGAUACUAGUUCCAGAGAUAUUCUGGUGCUGGAAAGCAAAGUCUCUCAUAGAGGCUGAGACAAAGCAAAGGCAUUACAGCUACAACUCAUCCUGGAUCAUGAUGUGUGUAGUUCUCAUCUCUGUUCCUCACAACUGGGAAAACUGCACAAAGAUUAUUAAACUGCACGUGAUUCACUGGUCUGGGAUUCAUGCUCAUGUAAAGUAACAAAACCAGGACAGUUUAAUCUCAAGGAUUAACUUUGCAAAACAGUAGGGAGAGGGCAGACAGCAGAAUUCUGUUUUAGUAAACAGCAAGCACUGACCAAAACAAGUAUGUGAGGCAGGCUGAGAUAGCAAUUUUCCUUCUCAGUCCAGGCUUGUAUUAUGGAACCCCUGAUCACAGAAAAAAUAGUAGAGCUGAUUAAAGUCACUGCUUUCACUGGGGAGGAAGGGGCUCCCAGGAUUUCAGUUUUGGGAUUAAAAAGCUGAGUACCUGCAUUCUUCAUACACAUCUUUGAACACUUGACUUCAGCCACUGUCAGAGAACAGCUGUUCUGAGAGGAUGGUCAGAAACGUAGAAAUGCUGAGCCAAUGAAUUCAGGAUCAGAAAAAGCAAACAAAUGCCCAAACCAUUACAACAACCCAAGCAAUUAGCAGGAACUCUCUGCUUUCCUAAUUUAGUAACAGUUGGUCACAUGUGAGAGUCUCAAAUAAUAUUGUAACUCCUUGUGUAAGCAUUUAAUAGCCUCCUCUUGGGUUACUGAGACAUAAAUCUGGGGACAUAUUUCACCAUAAAAGCAGCUUGAGAAAGAGGAAGCUCUGUGGUCAAUAGGACAGGGUUUAGUUCAGGAUGCUCCAGCCUCUCAAUGCAUUGUAGCAAGUUACUGAGUAAGACUCAGUCCAUUGCAAUUAAUUAAUGCAAUGGCCUGAAAUGUCACAGCAGAUGUCAGGUUUUGUGUCUUACUGCACUA